AUGCCCGAGGACAAAUCGGGGGGUAUCCUGUUCGUAGUAUAUGGCAUCAUGGGCGUAGUUGCUAGUAAGGUUGGCCCUAUCGCAGGCGAGGCAAUAGUCGUGGACCGUGACUGGCGCUGGACCUUUUGGCUCACAGCGAUGCUAGUUGGGCUAUGUGUCGUCAGGGGAUGUGCUGGCGUGCAUGAGAAAACAAAAUGCGACUGCUAUUAUCGCUGGAGCUAG